AAGGGAUUAGAGCCGCAUUGUGUCUUCUGGGAUUUUACUGCCAAGUAAGUGCGACAGAAUUUUUCAGUAAGCAACUAGAAGGACUUACCAACAUCAGGGGUUAUUAGUAUGAGGUGAUUCAUAGUUUUUGUAGAGUGGACAAGUAAUAUCUCGCUAUGACGACUAGGGUUGACAAAAUGCUGCCCUUUAAGGUCUUAAAGCAGAGUCAUACUCAGGAACUAUAUUAUUGCAGAUCAAAUUUCAGCGGUUCUUGGUCAAGCAAAGGAUGUUCAAUGGUCAAUAGAACCAAAACGGAAAUCACAUGCACGUGUAACCACCUUACAAACUUUGCUGUUCUUAUGCGCGUUGGAGCAGACAAUGAGGUUAGUUGGAGCAGCUUUUUGACUUGUUUUCCGCAUGUCCCAAUACAACAGCAACCCGCGAGUAAGAACCGAGAUUUUAAGAACCUGUUAGGCUAAAAUUUGCUAGUUACGCCACCUCUACACAAGCACCUGUUUAGCCUAAAAUGUGAAACAGGCUCUAUAAAAUUUCUCCCAAUUUCCAUACAUUGCUUUGUUGUUGUUGUGUUUCCUCGUUACCCCCCCCCCGCCCCCCUACAUAUAUAAGAACCUGUUUAGCCUAAAAUGUGAAACAGCUUCUACAAAAAAUUCUCUCAAUUUCCAUACAUUGCUUUGUUGUUGUUGUUGUGUUUCCUAGUUAGGCCCCCUCUACACAAAAACCUGUUUAGCCUAAAAUGCGAGACAGGUUCUCUAAAAAAUUCUCUCAAUUUCCAUACAUUGCUUUGUUGUUGUUGUUGUGUUUCCUAGUUAGGCCCCCUCUACACAAAAACCUGUUUAGCCUAAAAUGCGAAACAGGUUCUCUAAAAAAUUCCCUCAAUUUCCAUACAUUGCUUUGUUGUUGUUGCUGUGUUUCCUAGUCAGGCCCCCUCUACACAAAAACCUGUUCAGCCUAAAAUGCGAAACAGGUUCUGUACAAAAUUCUCUCAAUCUCCAUACAUUGCUUUGUUGUUGUUGUGUUUCCUAGUUAGGCCCCAUCUCAAGAACCUUUUUAGCCCAAAAUGUGAAACAGGUUCUAUAAAAAAAUUCUCUCAAUUUCCAUACAUUGCUUUGUUGUUGUUGCUGUGUUUCCUAGUCAGGCCCCCUCUACACAAAAACCUGUUCAGCCUAAAAUGCGAAACAGCUUCUGUACAAAAUUCUCUCAAUUUCCAUACAUUGCUUUGUUGUUGUUGUGUUUCCUAGUUAGGCCCCAUCUCAAGAACCUUUUUAGCCCAAAAUGUGAAACAGGUUCUAUAAAAAAAUUCUCUCAAUUUCCAUACAUUGCUUUGCUGUUGUUGCGUUUCCAUGGUUGAUGUACCGCAGGAUUUAUCGCUCCAGCGCUGGAUCAGAUGUAGUACCUGCGAUUUAUAGCUAUGCUCUCUCUGACUUAUCGCAGAUUUCCAGAGAGGUAGAUGUGAAAAUAUAGAUAUCUUCCAUAAAUUUCAAAAAUUUCAAUCUAUAGUUGAGCUACAAACUGUUAUUUAAACGAUAUUAUUGCAUAAGAGUUUAAUCAACUGUUGGAGCUGAGACAAGGCAUUACGAAACAUGUAAAAUUACAAUAAAAUUCAUGUUGUCACUGCUUCAGUUGUUCUUCUUAAAUUGAUUUUUACAUAAAUUUUAAUUUAAUGUGCAGAUUUGAUAUAAAGAAUAAACUGAAUACCUCUAAAUGUUCAGUGUAUUUUUUUCUUCAGGAAAUAGGAACUUAAUUAUACAACCUCAUCCCCAGGGCUUUUCCCUUAAGGGAAUAGUCCAGGGGACAAGGUUGCUAAUUAUACCAUUUAUGUAAGAACCUGUUUGGGCUAAAUUGGGAAAAUACAGGUUCUUACUCGCGGGUUUUUACUGUACCAUGAAUGUGAAAAUGAAUAAGGGGAGCAUCUACAAUCGGGGCGCCAUGAACCCUUUUUCACAUUGUCACUUAUAGCGGUAGUGACUCGAGUAAUAAGGAGGCCGUUCCUAUUUUCGCCAUUGAGAGUACUUCUUUGCAAAAUAAUAAGGGGCCCUGACUCUUGCCAAAAUUUGUCUUUAUUGAUUUGGCGUAUUUGCAAACACUUUUUAAACUAUUUUCCAACAGGUUCCAGCAGAUCAUCAGGUGGCAUUGAAAGUCAUUACUUACGUUGGGUGUGCUCUGUCGCUUAUCGGAGAAGCACUCACCGCUGUUGCAUAUUGCGUCCUCAUGUGAGUUACAAAUAAUAUACCGUCAUAAAAGAGCUCAGACAUUUAGAUUUGGUUUUUGUGAUAUCCGGAAUGAUCAAGGUCGAGGUAAGCGUUUUUAACUCACGCAUCUUGGUUUCAAAUGCACCAAGUAUAACCUGGGGAAGAGUGAAACCAAGAUUGUCGCCUGCAACAUGCAAGCAGUAAGCGCUGGAACAGACCAGACGUUCAACAUAAAAACAUGGGGCUGUAAGAAAUUUAUUGUCCAACGAGCGCUUUCAACAGAUUUUUCAGCACCAAAUGUUUAACCAUAGCAUAUUAAGACGUGCUUUGUUUCUAAACUAUUUGCAUUGAAUCUUAAUACUUAGUAAAUGAAAAAUUAUGACAAUAACAAAACCACAAGGGAGAGGAACGGGGAGUCAGCCGCCCUCUUCACAACCCCUCGAAGUGCAAUUAGGCUCUGUAUUAGCUUGUCAGACGUUCAUUUAUGUUUUUUAAAUUAAGAAGAAGCAGAAGCACCUUAAGAUGGGAUUUUCCCACUCUGAAAAAAAUAUCAUGUCAACGAUGUUCAAUUAUUUUUUGCCUCGUUCAGGGAUUUGAAAGAAGACCAAACUCAAAUCCGCUUUAACCUUGUGGUCGCCAUAGCGAUAGCACAAAUUACGUUUCUUGCUGGAAUUGAUGCCACAGAAGUUAAGGUAAGCUAAAGAUGUAAGUUAAUCUGAAAGAUGAAGAAAUAAUGACCAUUUUGUCGGCUUGGAUGAUAAAUUGAUCGCCAAAACAUUUAAAAAGAAAAAUCACAAAUGAAAGACUUUUGGAUGUAAAAGAGUUGAGUUUUUAAUAACUUAAUAUCAUUAGCUGGCAUUCCCAUGAGCUCGAUUUUACGCAAAUGUGCUAAAAAAAUGUGGCUCAGUGGUCGAUUGCUCUUUAGUUCUCCUUAGUAUCUUUGGUUUGUUUGCAUUGCAUUAAGAGAGUUUUUUAUUAUCAUUAUUAUUUUAUUUUUUACUUUUAAUCAUUUAUUUUUUGUGGGGGGAGGUUAAUGAAAAGCGUGCCGUUUAUGGACUGAGAUGAUGACGGUGAAUCCCGUUUCUUUAUAGGAAUUGUGUGUGUUUGUAGCAGCCAUGAUUCAUUACUUCUAUCUGGUGGGAUUUGCUUGGAUGUUAUUUGAGGGUGUUUAUCUGUAUCUGAUGGUUGUCAAAGUGUUCAAUACGGUCAUCAGAUUGUGCUUGUUCUAUGGAGUGGCCUGGGGUAAGUAUUAAAGCAAAAACUUACGGACAGAAAAUGGACCGUUGGUAGAUCUAGUCAAGAGGUCUUGACUUGUAAGUCCCUUCCGGGAUCAAAAGCAUUUCGUUAAUUGACCACUCCAAAAUUACCAUAACUUACCAUAAUGCUCUAUGUUUGUCACCCCAAAAUUUUGCAUAAGAAUUGUUUUCAGUUUCUCUUGGGGCCAUUCUAAAAGAGAAACUGAAGACAAUGCUUAUGCAAAAUUUUGGGGCGACGAACAAAAAGAGCAUUAUGGUAUGUUAUGGUAUUUUCUGGAGUGGUCAAUUGAUUCCUGGUUUAUCUAGUUACUUUCCUUACGUAUUUACAAGGACUUGCAAUUGAGACUUGCUAUUUAGAGGAAUUUGUACACUCACUUCUCAACACCACAGUUCUCAUAAGAGUGCUAUACUGACGUAUCUGACGUAAAAACGUCAAUUUUUUUCAAUCAAACCUUAGGCCUCUCCCUUUUGAUUGUGGUUUUAUCGAUCGUGAUUGCUUCCAUUCAAGAUGGCGGGAUAGAAAGCUAUGUUCAUGAUCAUUUGUAAGUAAACAAACCAGAUCUUAAUACUACCGAACAAAACGGAGCAAGAAAAACUUGGAGGUUUCAAGAAUAUGUUUAUUUUUUUAUGACCAUUUUUUAUUUAUUUAUUUAUUUAUUUAUUGCAAAGUUGCUUAUGAAAUUUGCCCAAACUGCCUCUUUCAGAGGAAUUAUUAUGAGUACGUUCGUGUUACAGGCCCAAAUAAUUGGUUUUCAAACAACUGAAAAUCUUCGUAGGCUUUUUCUUCAACAUUUUCAAUUUUAACCGUCAAGUUUUAUCAAGCAAUCCUUCCUUAGUAACAACUUGAUUUUCUUUAUUUUUUUCAGUUGCUGGGUUUCCUUCAAAAAUAACCUUAUCUGGACGUUUGUUGCGCCUGUUCUCUUAGUUUGCACGGUAAGUAAGAAAGUGAAAAUGUUCCAUAAGUGAAUAAGUUUGUUAAGAGAACAAGUUAAAAAAUGAUUGCUUACAGAAUAUUGAGGCUCAUCUGUAACUGAUUAAAAAUUGAUAUAAUCAUCAAAUAUUUGCCAUGAAAAUGUAAGACGUGAAACUGAAAUUAAUAACGGUUCAUGUCGAAAAAAGAAAACCAGACUAUUUAGCUUCCUUUCAUAUCAUAGUCUUGGUGGAUUACAGUAAGCCCAUAAAUGAACUGAUAGCGGCUACCAGUGCCGCCCUUGCAUGCUGACGUCAGAGCUUACUGUUAACAUGUAAAUAUAUACUGUAAAGAGGACACGUUUAUUGUCCUCUUAUCCACGGCAUUUCAUUUAUUCAUUCAUUUGCGGGUAAUAAACACAUGUGGGAUAGAGCGCUGCGGUGGAGGGGAGGCUGUGACGUCAUACUUAGUGUGAUAUGCUUGAGAUGUUUCAUACGUCCGAGCUUUGAUCGAUUAUUUAUCGAUUAUAUUUUAUGUUUUCAUUUAUAUAUUUAUUCAUUUAUUUUUAUUUAUUUAUUUAUUGUAGUUAUAUUUUCAAGACCUGAGAGAAAGAAAGAAACAGGGUCCAAGGUUUCUGCCAUUAAAAGAUAUCUUAUUCUCAUGCAUUGUUUCCACGCAGAUAAACUCAGUUUUACUUGCCCGAGUGGUUCAUGAGAUCCUAAGAAUGCAAGCCGACAAAACACCUCAUCUGGAAAGAGUUCGACAAGGAGUUAAAGCAUGCGUAGUUUUGUUUCCUCUUCUGGGACUGACCUGGGUGUUUGGUGUCCUAAGUGUCACAGAUGCUGGACUCGUAUUUCAGUACAUCUUUACCAUCUUCAACUCUUUGCAGGUAUAGUACUAGAAAAUCCAACAUGUUAACUUUUUGAGUAGUUUGAGGAAACAGUCAACAUUUCGCAAGGGCACUCAAAGAGAAUAUAGUUCAAAACCACUUAAACAUAGCAUUGUUAAACGUAUUUGGUAUUUAGACGGUAGAUAUAGGCAUAUUUUUAUCCCCUCAAAAUUUUUCAUCUGUUCGGCUUUCCUAGCUGAAAGUCUAGUGAUCCGAAAAUUAUAGGGAUCAAAACUUACCUUUUCAAAAAUUUCAGCAAGAAAAAGGGCUCCCGAAAAUUUUAGGCGACCUUUUUAGGGUAAAAAUCCGUUAAAAAUGGGCAAUUAUACCAUUUUUUAGGUGUUCGAAAAUCCUAGGAGAGGCAGGCAAGCAAGAAAUCUUACAAAAAAUGUUCCGAAAAUUCUAGAUCUCAAAUCGUCUUCCGAACAGAUAUUUUCCGUUGGGUGCCCUGAUUUCGCGACGCCACCACUGGUUUCCCCAAGAAAUGACGUUUGGCGAAGAACGUCCAUACUGAUGACGUGUCAGAAACCCACAUCUGGGAAGUGCUUCUAAUUGGAUGAAGCAGAUUUUAACCAAUCAGAAGCACUACCCAGAUCCAGGUAGUGACGAGUGAUCAGUAUGGAAUUGCUCCGCUAGUUUAUCCAACGUCAUUACGUAGGGAAACCAGUGGUGGUGUCGCACAAUGUCCGCUGUUUUCUCAGGCUAACUGACAGCGAGCAAAUAUUAUUUUAUCAAAUCCUAGCUUGGUGGCUAAAAAAGCCGUUUUAAUUCACUCAUUCGUUCAUUUAUUUAUCUAUAUAUUUUGCCACACAAGCAUUCGAAGUUUACUCCAGACUUUGACAGUAGUGUCAAGGAAUGUAGCGAUCGAGAAAAUUAACAUGACAGAACAUAGAAUAGUAGAGAUGGUGGGCGGUACCUGAUACCAUGUACUGCGAUCAACCAUUGACUAUAAUUUUGCUUUCAUUUCUUCUUUUCUCUCACCCUUAUGAAGGAACUUAACUUUCUUUUUAUUUAUCGAUACACACAUUUUUAGGGUUUGUUCAUCUUCAUACUUCACGUUUUGAGAAACAGCGGCGUACGUGCAGCAUACUCCAGAAAAAUGCAGAAGAGGAAUGCGGCAAAAAGCGUGAAAAACUCUCAAGAAAACCGCAAUACAAUCGGAUUGUGGUCAAGCAAAGUGACGAAUGAACCAAGCUGUACAAAAGAACCUAGCAGUGCCUCUCUAAGAUCAUGGGCUGGAGUAAAAAGCAAGAUUGACAAUGCCCUGCACGAGGAAAGAACCAUGACUCCCGUUAACACGUGA